AGCAACUAACUGGCAGUAACUGCAGACCAACAGCAAAGCAAGCCAGAGAGUGCUCAGGAGGGACUGGUCAUGCCUGUAAAGAAGUCCAAGACGGACAUAUCAGGAGCUGAUGAUCAAUAUGGAGUGUUUAUAUUCCCAAACGGAGAGAAAUACGAAGGAGAGUUUAAAACUAACCAGACGACAGGAGGAGGAGGAGGAGGGAUAGAGAGAGAAGGACAGGGGUCACACCACUUAUCAAAUGGAGUGGUAUACUCUGGACAAUGGAGGCAAGAUAAGAUGAAUGGGAAAGGAAAAAUGAGUCACCCAAACGGAUCAACAUACGAAGGAGAUUUCGUUGACAAUGAGUAUCAUGGUAAUGGGGUCUACACGUGGGAGGAUGGAUCUAAAUAUAUCGGACAAUUUCAAAAGAACAAAUUAACAGGACGUGGUAAGUUUAUUGAUGACAAUGGGAAGGAAUGGAGUGGAAACUUUGAUGGGAAGAAAGCAUCUCAACUCAAACUGAAAAUACAAUAAAAUAUAAAUAAUAAUGUCCUCUUUCUCUUUGUUCAAUG